GACUCGGCUGCGCCGGGGCGCGGGGGUGUCCGCGGGCGGGCGAAGGCGGCUUGGGAGGAGGCCAGCGGAGAGCCAGUUUGGGAUCUUCCGCGAAGCAUGGAGAAUGAGCCCAAGCCCAGCGAAGCGGCGGCCGAGGCGCAGCGGCAGCCGGAAUCCAGCCCCCGUGGCGGCUCUGGCGGCGGCGGCAGCCCGGGCGAUUCGGACACCGGCCGCCGGCGGGCUCUGAUGCUGCCCGCAGCCCUGCAGGCGCCGGGCAACCACCAGCAUCCGCACCGCGUCACCAACUUCUUCAUCGAUAACAUCCUGCGGCCUGAGUUCGGCCGCAGAAAGGACGCGGGGACUUGCUGUGCCGGCGCCGCCGGAGGAAGAGGCGGCGAAGGAGACGCCGGCGGUGCCGAGGGAAGCGGCGGCGCGGGCGGAGCGGAACAGCUCCUGGGGUCGGGCGCCAGGGAGUCCGGGCAGAACCCGCCAUGCGCACCCAGCACCGGAGGACCGCUUCCCGCCGCCGGCCGCGACUCUCCGGGUGACGGAGAAGGCGGAUCCAAGACGCUCUCGCUGCACGGCGGUGCUACGAAAGCCGGCGACCCCGGGGGUCCCCUGGACGCGGCGCUCAAGGCCCGAGGCUUGGGCGGCGGCGACCUGUCGGUGAGCUCGGACUCAGACAGCUCGCAGGCCAGCGCCACCCUGGGCGCGCAGCCCAUGCUCUGGCCGGCUUGGGUCUACUGCACGCGCUACUCGGACCGGCCUUCUUCAGGUCCCAGGUCUCGAAAACCAAAGAAGAAGAACCCGAACAAAGAGGACAAGCGGCCGCGCACAGCCUUCACCGCGGAGCAGCUGCAGAGGCUCAAGGCCGAGUUUCAGACCAACAGGUACUUGACAGAGCAGCGGCGCCAGAGCUUGGCGCAGGAGCUCAGCCUCAACGAGUCUCAGAUCAAGAUCUGGUUCCAGAACAAACGCGCCAAGAUCAAGAAAGCCGCGGGUAACAAGAACACCCUGGCGGUGCACCUCAUGGCGCAAGGCCUGUACAACCACUCCACCACCGCCAAGGACGGCAAGUCGGACAGCGAGUAGGGCGGGCGGGCCUCGGGCCGCGAGAAACAAUGCAAUAAUUUAAAACCGUGAAUAAAGGGCCAGUGUAUAAAGAUUAUACCAGCAUUAUUAGUGAAGAUAUCGUGUAUUAGGUACGUUUCUGCAAUAUUCUAUGUACAUAUAAUUUACAGGUGAUGUAAAACCCAAAAUAUCUGACUAUAAAAUAUUUCUCGAGUUUUUUGUGUUUAAGAGAUUAUAAUUUUAUGUUAUUAUUAAUAUUAUUAUUUUUUUUGCAAAGGGGGCUGCUUAGGGUCUCUUUCUUUUUUUAAUCCCCUAAGCUCCAUUAUGGGACAUCGGACACUUUUUUAAUUAUUAUUUCAAAAGAAGAAAAUUUAAAAGCAACUUGCUAAAGUCCAAAGAUUUUUAUUGCUGCAUUUCACACGACUGUGAAUAAAUAGCUCCUAUUGGGUCUGUUGGCUCUGCCACUGUGUGUGUGUUGGCUUGGAAAGAAAGCUGCAGCCCCGAGCCCGGCCGGGGAGCGCGGGGAUCUGGGCAGCGACUCUGGCUGAGGUCCGGGAUAGUCUAAGCCGACCCUCGAGGGCACCAGGGCCUGGCCUGGAAGUCGAGGGGAGCCCCGUGGCCUCCUCCGCACCUCUCAACUCCGGCCUUUCCCGCCUCCUCCGAGGCGCCUCCUCGGUGCGUCCUUCCGUCUGUCUGUGUCGCUGUCCCCCGUCCCGCAGCCCCGGGCCAGCCGCCAGCCAGCCCGACUCUGCCACCCCAGGCACCGGCCCACAGCACUAGGGGCCUGGGGUGGAGGACCGGUGCGUGGCCCGACCCGAUUCCCCGCCGAGGUCCGCUGCAGUGGACGGGCAGAGCGAGUUGGCUUGUCUUCCUUUCCUUUUGCGUCCCUCUUUUUUCUGUUUCAUUAUUUUUUUGGACUGGUCGUUUGCUAUAGAGAACAUUCUUCCAAGGUAAAUACAUGUAUGUGUACAUAUUCGUGUAUGCAUGUGCACGCGCACCCCAGGCCUGUGUGAAGCUGGGUUCUGGAACCCGCGGCUGCCUUGACUUUAAAAGGAACUCAGAACCCUCCUAAAUCUAGAGGAAGUGUGUAAAUAAUCAUUUCUUAUCACUUUCUGUCUUUUGUUUUUUUAAGAAAAUAUACAUUUUAUUUUUUGAAGGUGUGGUACAGUGUAA